UCUUCCCCACUCUUUGAUUCUGCUGCUCCUACUCCAAUAAGACUCUUUCCAAACCUCGCCGCCUUCUUUACCAAAAAAAAAAAAGAAAAGAAAAAAAAAACUCGCCGCCUUUACAUGCACUGAAAGGGGAAAAAAAAAACUCCUCUCUCGAAUCAUCUUGAUCCUAGCAUUGAUCUAUGCUUGUUCUCUUUACUAAGGCCAUGUCGAACGUUCCCCUCUCUAUUUGCAACUCCUCUUUGAUCCCUUCCCACCUCCCCAUCUUCAGAUGUGUUCCCUGACCCUUCCUCCUCCCUCUCUCUCUCAUAGUUGUAAAGUUUUCCUCUUCAGUUAAAUCCUUGGAUCAUUGGGCUGAGUCUGAGAUGGGGGUCCACCUGCACCUGCCGCACCUAGGGCACGAGAAGAAGAAAGAGGAAGGGGCGGUGGGAGUGCCGCCCAAGGGGUGCAUGACAAUAAAAGUGGGACAGGAAGGGGAGGAGCAGCAGCGGUUCGUGGUGCCGGUGAUGUACCUUAACCACCCGCUCUUCAUGGGCUUGCUCAAGGUGGCGGAGGAGGAGUACGGCUUCGAGCAACAGGGAGCCAUCACCAUCCCGUGCCAUGUCGAGCACUUCCGCUAUGUCCAGGGCAUCAUCGACCGCGACAACGCAGCCGGCUCCGGCGGCCACCACCACCACCACAACGGCCACCACUUCCACCUCGCCGGGUGCUUCAAGGCCUGAGAUGGAUCGGAAAGAAGAGCGGAAGGGAGAGGAAGAAGAAGACAAGCCCUUGGAUGCACGAUCAGGAUUUGUGUUAAAGGAUUAAACAAACAGUAUUGCAACUACUUUUUCUUUUUCGUGCUUUUCCUUUUCAGAUUUUUAUUUCUUCUGAGAAAAAAAUGGAAGUGUAAUUAUAAGGAUAAAGUGAUGGCAAAAACAACGGACAGAUUUCCAAUUUUA